AUGGCUUUCAAAGCUGCUCUCGAGGCCGACAAGGAUGCUCCGGAGUCUUGGUCGAAGUACAUGAAUGUCGUCUACAACGGUAGGAAAGAACCCUCCAUCGGUUCCUAUGACCCGGACAAACUCGAAGCCAAGGCGAGGGAGGUCACUGCGUCUACUCGAUCCGCUUUCCUCUAUGUCUUUGGCAGCGCUGGGUCUUGCUCCACGGAUCGUGCAAACAGGAAAGCGUUCGAGCGAUGGGGCUUCACCCCGAAGAUGCUCGUAGACACAUCCGACAGAAACCUUGAGACAACUUUGUUCGGUGUCAAGUACAAGUCCCCACUUUUGCUUGCCCCCAUCGGCGUUCACGGACUCCUGAGCGUCCAUGGCGAAAUCCCGUCGUGCAAAGCAGCAGCCAAAGUCGGCGUUCCCAUCAUCAUGAGUUCUGCCUCGACCCGCUCCAUCGAAGACUGCGCUGCUGCCAACGGUGAUGGUCAGCGUUGGUACCAACUCUACUGGCCGCGAAACGAAGAAAUCACUCUAUCCCUCCUCGGACGGGCCAAGAAAGCAGGCUUCACAGCAUGCGUCGUCACCCUCGACACCAUGUGCAUGGGAUGGCGCCCGUACGAUCUCGACAAAAGUUACCUUCCCUUCAUGCACGGCGUCGGUAUCCAAGUCGGGACCUCCGACCCCGCCUUCAUGGCCACGCAGAACCUCGCCCCUCGUAACGACGAGCGCGUUCCCUUCCCCUUCGACCCGGCCGUAUGCGACGCGAAGAGGGAGCUUGGGGAUGAGCAUGAGAAGGAGAUGAAGGUGUUGGGGAGGAACUGGUCGAGGCAGAUUCAUUCGGGGUUGUUUAGGACCUGGGAGGAGUUGGAGUUUGUGAGGAAGCAUUGGGAGGGGCCGUUGGUGUUGAAGGGAAUUUUGCAUGUGGAUGAUGCGUUGAAGGCGCUGGAGGUUGGAUGUGACGGAAUUGUUGUUUCGAACCAUGGUGGACGUCAGGUCGACGGAACCAUUCCGGCCCUGAUCGCACUGGAGAAGAUCACGGCCCACCCACGCAUCCGCGAAGCCCAACACUCAGGCAAAUUCACCGUCCUCUUCGACUCAGGUAUCCGUCGUGGCGCCGAUAUCAUCAAGGCCGUCGCAAUUGGUGCCCAGGCCGUCCUUUUGGGUCGCCCAUACAUGUAUGGUCUUGCUAUCAGCGGCGAACAGGGUGUCGAGGAGGUCAUCCGCGGCCUCCUCUGCGAAGCCGAGAUUGUGCUUGGCCUGCUUGGGUACAGCUCUCUCGAUCAAAUAUGGGACCGGAGGGAGGAAGUGCUGGAGAGGAUGGAGCUGGGGCUCUUUUCUUCCUGA